AUGGUGGGCGGCGGCGACGACGUCAAGGUCGCCACGGUGGACGUGGAGGCGGUGGACAACAUGGCGACGCUGCCCGUGGGGCGCGCGCACGGCGGCGGGGGCGGCGGCGGAGGCGGUGGCGGUGAGCGCGGCAGUGAGCGCGGGGGCGCCAGCGACGUCAUCGCCGAGAAGAACAACGUCACCAACAAGGAGAUGGAGCUGAAGAAAGUGCAGCCCAAACCGCCCAAAAGGACGUCGCUGUUCAUCAUUCUCAGCUUCAUCUACGCUAAGCUGCUUGUAGUGAUAUGCAUCGCGUACGUCAUCAGUGAAGUUGUGACACACAAUCUGCCUCUCAACUACUAUGAGAAAAGAAGGACCGUGGCAAAUCGUGCAAGGCGCGUGCCUUUGUCGUCCUCCCCUCCCCCCCCCCCCCCCCCCCGAACCGCCCCCUUCCAACGAUCCACUCCCUCACGCGGCGCUCUUUCUCACUCCUGCCGCCCCGCCGCCGCCGCGCCUCCACCUCGACCUCCACCUCGACCUCCACCUCGACCUCCACUCGACCUCCACCUCACUCCACCUCGACCUCGACCUCGACCUCCACUCGACCUCCACCUCCACCUCCACCUCCACCCUCCACCUCCACCUCACUCCACCCCACCCACCUCCACCUCCACCGCCGCCGCCCCGCCCGCCGCCGCCGCCGCCGCCACCACCCCACCACCACCCGUGCCGCCUCGAGAUCAAUACGGCGGCCGGCCACGCACAGAGCCAGGCGGAGAGAUGAAGGGUGGCUCAUCUGGAAAGAGCACGGCCCAGCAUCCCGACCAACACGCGACCUUUCCGAUCAGUGCUCAACUGCGCUCAUAUUUGGAAUUGACUAUAUAUGUAAGAGGUUUCUUCACAUACCUGUAUGGAACGAGCAUCCUAUUUUUAUUGUACGUCUUCUGCUUCCUACUUCAAGAAAGCACAUGCUGUGCUGGAAGUGAACCACAGCCAAAGAAAACAAAGAAAGAGAAGCAGAAGCAAGUCAAGAGACAAGAACAAGAAGCCAAAAAACAGAAGAAAGAGAAGAAGAGUAAAGAGAAGCCAAAAGAGAAGGACAAGAAAGCUGCAGAGGCUGCACAGCAGCAGCAGCAACAGCAGCAGACACCUCCACAGCCACCACAGCCCCCACAACCACCUCCAGAUCCAGCAGCCCAAAAAGGGAGCAUGUUCCAGGUAUUAAUAGAUUCCACUGAUCCUGCUUUCAUUUUAGCUUUAUUUAAGUUCAGUGUUAGUGUGAAAGCUGCAAUGCAGAGGUACUGGGUGUCGUCAUUUAACAACAGUAGAAGAAGGAAAAAAUAUUGUGGGAAUCCUCAAAUUGGUAUGCUUACUCCCAAGCGGUUGCUUCCUGAGCAUGUUGUUUAUGCCAUUGUGCAGAGAGAGGUGUAUCCUCGUAAGAUGAAGGAUUUGGCCAAACUGCGACAACAACUGGAACAGAGCGGCGUUUCACUAGUGUCUGGCCAGGGAGUGCUUCGUAAUCUUCGAAGUUCUAAGGAUGUUAAUUUGAAUGAUGGAUCUGAUAGUCCUUCCCAAGAGAAACUGACAGGAUCAGGAGAUAGAUCUGAUGAUGUGCAAUUGGAAGCUGGUCGACCACUUCGCAAGCGAAAAACAUCACAAAAUGUUCACAGUCAUGGAAGUUUCUUCCUCCGUGUUGGUGCAAUUGCAUUUGGAUUGGGUACAAUGAUCUACAAUGGACUUGAAUGUGGAGCAUUUUUUGAAAUACCAUUUGAUUCUCCAUGUUACCAAAUUCUACGAGGAAUAAAUCCUGUUCUACAAAUGAUUUUUACAUUCAUGCAGAUGUACUUCAUAUUUAUGAAUUCAAGGUUAAACAUCCACCGCUUCAAAGUGCUAGCGCGCUUUGGACUGAUGCAUGUCGUAGCUACCAACUUGUGUGUAUGGAUUCGUACAUUGGUGUUGGAAAGUCUCAAAGAAAUUACAGCUCUUCAAAAUACAACAUUGUCUAGCUUUGAGGAUAACAGUUCUGAAAAGCUGCGCGACUCAGGCCUGAUUGAUGCUGGAACCACAACUACGACCACGGAAGUGACCACUGUGUGGGGCAUGGCACGUGCUGCCACUAAGGCAGCAGCCUGGCUCACGUCCUCCACCCUGCGGACCACAAUGACCACUCUGGAGACCACCUUAAGCACCACCCUCCCAACCACAACACCCACAACAACAACCACCACCACCACUACCACAACCCCCACAACCACCACUAGCCCUACCACAACUACAUUGCCAACAACAACAUCUACUACCACAUUACCCACAACUACCACUACAAUUCCUACUACCAUUUCCUCAGCACUCCCUUCUACAAGUACCAGUGCAAGCACUCUCUCUCCGCUACCCUUUCCACAUCUUUAUGAUGUUCCAGAAAUAACAAGGGGAUAUGAAGCUUUCAACAGUUCAUUUCCUUUGGGACAAUUUGGGGAUCCUCUUCCUCCAGCUGCAUUUUUGAGCUCCUUCAAUGGCACAACAACUUCACCAACUACUACCCUGGAAGACUGUGGACGAAUCAAUAUUAUGGGAACUAUAGUGCAGGACUCUGCUCCAUAUCUCUUUCCUUUCAUUAUUGAAUACAGUUUCAUUGGUGCAGCUGUUAUUUAUGUAAUGUGGAGACACAUUGGCAGAAACCCCAGGUAUGUGACUGAAGAAGACUUGGAACAUCGACUAGAAGUCAUGUUGUCGAGGCGGGCUGUAGCUAUGGCACAAGCACAACAACAUGGACGUGUUGACUGUGUGGGAGCAAGCAAGGGACUCUUCUUUGGCUUGUUAUUAUUGGUCGGCUCUCUCAUAUGUCUGAUUUUAUUCUUUGUUCUCAUCACCCAAGCUACACCUUUCAAAAUUAUAGCAAUAUAUCUUGCUGAUGUUUCCCAUUGUAUUCUUAUGGCUCUCAGCAUUGUUGCUAUAAUUAUAGGUUUCAUAAGAGUCCAGAGCUUAAAGUUUAGAGCUGAAGAGCAAAGUGAUCUAAAUGAUAUUUUACUACGCGUUUCAGCAUUUGGUCUCUUUGUAUAUGCUGUGUUUUGUGUCAUUGCUGGAUCUCUGGAAGCAUUUACACAAAUACCUAAUCUCUUGGUCAUGAUCACUGGAUUACUUUCUGUUUUUCAAGUUGUUCUACAACUUCUUUUCAUUGCUGAUGUGGCUCGUCGUCGUGUACACCUACCAGAACAUGAUCGCAGCAAACCAGGGCGCCAAAUUGUCACUUUCUUACUCAUUUGCAACGUCACCAUGUGGGUUAUUUAUACCUUUGAGGUUCAAAAAGUUUCUGCUAAUCCUGUUCAGCUGAAAUUUUAUGGAGUAUUACCUUGGGCUAUUGUGCAACGGGUCACAUUGCCACUUUGUAUCUUCCAUCGAUUCCAAUCGGCAGUGACACUUGCAGAAAUCUGGAAAACUAGCUACAAAGCUCGCUUAGAGUGAAAUUCUUAAUAUCACCAGCAUUGAUACUUUUGAGGGAUAUCAAGGAUGAAGAUGUCCCUGAGUAUAUGCAAAUGCAUAAAUAUUGUUUCUGAAAGUAGUCAAGUGACACAUCUUAUAACUGUGCCAAAGAAACAGCAAUGGUUGUUGCCAUGAAUGACAGACUAGUUAUUUAAAAGCUGGUUUUUACCUCUUCAAAGAAAUAAGGAUUGCAAAAGUAAAAAGAACAAAAAGCUGAAGCAGUCAAAGGACCAAAUUUUCAUCAAUUUCUAUCAGUUAACUGAACAGAACUUUUAGUAUUAACAGUUUUAGAACAAGAAUUGUAAAUAAGUCAUGAAACACAUGGCAGAAACCUACUGGUUCUUCAUCUGUUUCUUUAAUUGUACUUAUUCCCAGUAACAUUAUGUCGAGCACGGGUUGGACUUAAUCAGUAGGUUUGUAAGUUUUUAAUUUAAAAUAUAAUAUUAUAUAAUAAAAAUUCUUUUUUCUAAACAAACAACUUCUGUACAAAUGCAGGAACUGAGACUUGGAACAGAUGCUGAUUGGUUAAUGCACUAAAAAUAGUUUACAUUAACUUAUUUAUAUGUACAAGUGUGCACGUUUAGCCUGCAUACUGUACGCAUUAGUUUUAAAUGUUCAAGAGAAUUGCUCAAAUUUAUGUUAUUUGGGUGCUCAAAUUCUGGCCUGAGAAUUUGACAAAUGAAAUGUAACUGCCCCAAAUCUCAUUCUGUAGUAGGUACUCUUGUCAUUGUUUAUAUCUAUUGACACUAACAGGCUAGAUGGUAACAAUUAUGAAAGUAAAACAAUUUUCUUUUAUAGUCAAUUUUAGACUGCAAGCAGAAAUUAAAGCAUUUUGUAUGGUAUUUUAUCAUUUUACAACAAUGAUCUAUAAAAUUAAGAACACCAUGACCUCAUACUUGUAAGAAAUGCCAGAUACCAAGAUAAAGAGUGAUAGUGACAAAUGGGCAACUUUACAUGAAAUAUACAGAUACUUUCCAGUGAACAGUGAUGCUCAGACAAUUUCAUAAACAAUGUCCCAUACCACUACGAUAACUAAAAUUCACGAAUGGUACCAUUACUUCUCAGUUUUAACUACUCGUAGAUCAUGGUGCUGUUUAAAUGAACUCAGUGAAGUGUGAAUUGGAAAUACAGAAGCUCAGCAAGAGCUAAAAAUGAGGGUUCAUGACAGGCUUCUCAUCAAAUGCACUUUUAGAACUCUCUGCUCAGAGACUUCCCUGCCUUUUCCCUAGGGAGUUCAUUUUCUUUGUGAGAAGUAUCCAUACUAAUGUGUCUGUCUACCAAUGAAAUACUGAUUCUAUGUACGUGAAGAAUGGUUAGUUUCUGUUUCAUUAAGUAGUAAAUGUUGAACAAACCUCUAGUUUUUGACAUAUGUAUUAAUUUAUUCAUAUCACGUAAUGCUUAAAACUUUGACUCCUCUACAUCCUGCAAGAAGCUGUCGACUGUAUAAUUGUGUAGGUUUUUCUUUUUAAUGAAUGGUAGCUUGAUGUGUUUUGGCUGAAUGCCCAUUUUGGUGCUGAAAUUACACAUUGCUACCCUGAAUAUAAAAGUUGCACAAAGCUUAUUACAACAACAAUUACAAUUAUUAAAACAAUAGUUAAAUAGUUUUUUUAAAUGAUAUUUGUCAAAAGUGGAAAACGCCAUAAAUACCUUUUCUAUGUUUAGUUAGAACCUGAAUGUGGAGGAAAAAGAGAAAAAAUAUAAACAUCGAAACACUUAGAGACAAUGAUAAGAAAAAUAUUUCUUAAUGUCUGUUGUGUGUAUAACUGUUGCAAACUAGGUCAUUAUGUGAUGUAGUGGUGAUGUUCUGUAAUCACAUUCAAGGAAAUAUACACAUAUAUCAUUAUUAAUAUUGAUUGAUGCAUUGUGCUCUGUUAUAUACAGGGAGCAUUAGGUGUGUUUUAAUCUCUCCAGUGUCCAAUUUUUUGAUGUAAUGUGGCAUUAUAUGAGCAGAAAUAACUAUUUCUAACAUAAAACACUUGGUAAAUAAUGUAUAAUGUAAUUUUUGUUGAAAUUAUUGAGUUUAUUUUCUUGUAUUCACAUGCAAAAUCAAGUAGUCUUUUUAACAUUUUAUAUUAAAAGAAAGUAUAUAACUAGAAUUUCAACUAAAUAAUGUAUAAAAGAUGUAUAUCACAUUUGUAUGGACCAUCAAAUUAUUGAAAUUAAUGAUUCACAAGUGUUCAAUUAUUUCAGAUCUGUUUGCUUAAGUUAGAUGAUAAGAUAGUACAAAUCUAUAUAGAUAAUGUGCAUUCAUAUUUUUUUGACUCUUAAGAGAAACAUGUGUGUGUUCUAAAAAGCUGCUUGUACAUUUAUGCAGAUUUGUCGUGAUUUUUGAGAUUUAUGAAUUAGAAAAAUUAUUACUAAUUACAGAACUCUUCUUCAAACAGUACUUAUUAAUACAAAUUGUUCCAUGUACUUGGUUUCUAAGUAAGCAUAUUUUAUCUGAGAGACAUACAUUUUUGUGACAUUUUCAUGUAUAAGAAAGAAGACCAACAUGCUUUUUGAAAAUUUACAAUGCAUAAUGCUUUCUAUUAGUUUGAACAUUUUCACUGCCGUACUAAUACGUGUACAUCUAAACCAGAUGACUUAAUGAUACUGUAAUUUACAUUAAGAACUGUUCUAUACCUAUAGAGUAGCUGAAAGCCUUCAAAAUGGCAAACUUGGAGCUGGAAAUUUUAAUUUUGUGAGUGGAAAAUAAUAUUGCUCACUUAAAAGAUGAUGUUCAUAAUAUUUUCUUCAAAAUUGCAUAAAAGAUUGUAUAAAGGUAAACUAUUUGGAUACCAAGCAUAUUUUGAAAGGACAUUAUGGGGUUAGACUGAGAGGCAAAAAAAUAUCUCAAAGCAGAGUAGAAUUCUGUGGAAGUAUGCCAUCAAAUGCUUUGUGUAAAUCAUUCCAAACUAUUUAUCUGUAAUCAGUGGGUAAUGGCAAAUUAGGCACUUAAUACAACAAUUUCAUUGCCUAAAAAAUUCAGGUUGUGUAAUUUUGUAUUUUCCCUCCAUUGACAAACUAGUGCUAGAUUCAGUGAAGAAAAAUAUUAUAUUUGUUGUACUUUCUUCCCUUGGAAAAAACACCUUGAUGUGAAAAUUAAAUACCUUGUAAUGUGUAUGUGAAUUGUUGUUUCAUUGUAUGAGUGUAUACAGUAUUAGAAGAAUUCAAAGAACUGGAAAAGCAACAGUACAUUAUCAUUUUAUCACUUGGUAAUUCUUCAAUUUUAACAGAUCAUCCCUAUGAUGCCAGUUUUACUCAACUAUUCAGAUCAUACAAUUGUUUUCUACAUUUUAUAAAAUGAUGGCUAUUUUCUGCAAAACUUCCAGUUUCUUUGAUAAUUUUGUACAAAAAUAUGAGUUAGUAUCACUCUGUAAACAUAAAAUAUUGUAUAUGUAAUAUAAUAAACUAUAUGAUCAUUAGAUGUGCUAAAUGUGAGAUAGUUAAUUUUCAUUAAUACCUAUUAUGUCUUUAAUCAGAUAAAUAUUGAUUCAUCAAUGAUAGCUUGAAAAAUAAGAGGAUGAAAGUAACUAAUGGUGCUACAGAAUAGCACAGACUUUCCUGUCAAGUUGGUUUCAUCUCUUAAGUCUAGGCC